UUUUUAUACAGCCAUGAACCUCUUCCUGUCUUGUUUCACAUUUCAUGACUCAUAGGAUCGUCUGUCCCCGCUGCUGCCUGCCAAUUUUCGUGUUUCCGAAUAAAUGGCGAACAUUUUGAUGUGCGGAAGUUGAUUGACCGUAAAGUCAAUAUUAAAUUAAUGAAACCCGUUAAACAUUAAGUACAAAUACUCCCAGUAAUUCGAGUGAAAAUCAACUUCCAAUCGGACAUCGACGAAAUAAUAAACGAAUAGUAAAUCCCACUAAGUGACAUUCCUAAUAAGUAAUAAAUGCGUUGAAUCAAUACAGACGGACGUCAGAGAACAGCUCCACACUUAUUACGAAUCAUCGUAAGCCCUGAUAAUUUAGCGAGAAUAUAAUCCCGGCGAUGUCUACGUCGAUGAUGUCCGGGGCAAAAUUACAAGAUGACAUGAGUAGCAUACCGUUGGCAGAUGACGACCCUCAGGUCAUCAUUCCUGAGGAGGAAGCUCCCGACAACAUGUCCCAUGUUUCGGACGUUCUUGUACAUGGUCGGAGCAUGGACUCCAUCCCUUCAACAUUCACCAAUGGCAGCAGCAGCCCUAACAGCUUGGAUCCAGACAUUAGCCCAGAUGAACAAGAAGAAAAAGCCAGAUUGAUUGCUCAGGUCUUGGAAUUACAGAAUACUCUGGACGAUUUAUCCCAAAGAGUAGACAGUGUCAAAGAAGAAAACUUGAAGUUGCGAAGUGAAAAUCAGGUCCUUGGUCAGUAUAUUGAAAACUUGAUGUCAGCUUCGAGCGUUUUUCAAUCCACAAGUCCAAAAUCGAAAAAGAAGUGAAUUGUGUAUAAUUAUUCCAACCAUGAAAAAGAAUUUUAAUGCUAUAUUCGCUCUCCUGGGCCAGUACGUAUAAUUUGAUUUUAUAUUUCAAUGAUAUUUUCGGUCCAAAAGUGUACGUGAGACGUAUGUAUGCGUACACUAGCAAACUUUCAUGUUACGCACAGUUCUAGCAGUUAUAAUUUCUAUAGAUCUGAUUCUAGUGCAUUUCCAAAAGACCAUCACAUUUGUAGUAUGGCUUUAUCAUAGUACUCAUAAUAUAUGAAUAACUGACUGUACUCAGUUUAAUAAGAUAAAUUUUGCCUUAUCAAUUAUCGACAUACUGUAUGAUUUUACUUUGCAAAGUUCGCACUAUUUAUUGUAAAUAUAAAAGCGAACGAAACAAAUGUUGAGUGAGACAGGCUACAUCUCUUUAAUAAAUGUUGACUCAGACUAUUGAGUUUACUAGUCUGUUCAUACUUUAGGAAAGGUGGUGAAAUUGAACCAGCAAAGAAAGAGAAGGGAAAAGACCCCAUUCAUUAAAGAAAUCUAUUUGCGAUUCGAUUUUCAGCAUGCAUGUGGGUACAUGUGUAUGUGGUAUAUGUACUAAUUUAAUCUGCACAUGACAGAAAAUGUUUUAGUAUUCCCAUUAUACAGGGCUGGAGCUUCAAGAAUAACGUGCUUUUAACUUUGACACAUUUAUUAUAAAAGAGUUUAAUUCACACUUUAUACAUUUUUUACCACAGUGUGCUUAAAAGCUUAAACACACACACACACACAUAUACAUAUAUAUAUAUAUAAUAUAUAUUUAAUAUUCCAAUAUAUUGAAAAGCAAACUAAUAUCCACAAAAAUGAUUCUACAUUACGUACCUAUAUUGUGUUGGGCAUUUAAUAUCACUUUUGGGCAAAUAAUUUAAUCGUAAUUUAGGUUGAGUGUAUACAAACUGAUAAUGAAAAAGAGAAAAUGAAAAUGUGAAUGUUAUUCGGUCUCUCGACUUAUUUGAACUGAGUGAUAUAGUUGUUAAUUAUAGCAACAGCAAUACUUUUAAGUGGAUCUAUCAAUUUCAUUUAUAUUGUAAGAUUCCGAUUUUCAGACUAUCAUUUUCCAUGUACGCCUGUUUUCUUGCCUUGUAACAUAUUAAAUAUAUGAUAUUAUUCGAGCAUAACUUAUGCGCAACCUUACAUGACAUAAGAGAGUCUAUUACAUACUGUAAAUGUUUACUAGCAUAGGUCAAACGUAUAAUUAUAUUCUUUUAGUGAUAAUAUGAAUUAUCAUCGCUCAGUUUCAAAUGAUGAUAAUUGUCACAUCAUUUACGCAUAUUAUAAUGACCAAAAAAGAGUGAAAUAGAAGAAAAUCCUAAAGCUGUGUAGCAAUUUUCCAACGAAACAAAAUCAAGGUUUUCAAAUGGAGCUUUGCUUGAUGGAUUUCAUGGCAGAUUUUUCAUCGCUGUAUUAUUUAUGUAGAUUUACAAAAUAUGGAAAUCAAUUAUACCUAUACAUAGUGACUUGAAAUAAUUGUUACAUACCAAGUCACACGACAAAUUAAAAGUCUAUGUCACCAGCAGAGUAUGCGAAAAGAAAAGAAUUUUACAUCAAACGAAUACCCAGAAAAAGGAAGAAAAAUGUUUAGCGAUUGUAAUGAAAACAUCAGUGAAUAAAUUCGUUGCAAAAAAUA